AUGUCAGGCGGCUAUACCAAUGGCCAUGACCCCGCCGGGCGCCGCGAAUAUGAGCACCCCAUCGCGAUCUUGGGUGGUGGCAUGGGUGGCCUCAUGACCGGCUUGGACUUCCUGAGGCACAAGCGUGAAAACUUUGUCAUUUUGGAACGCGUCGAGUCCUGGGGCGGAACCACCUGGCGCGACGUGGCCAACGAGACCACGAAGCUGCAAACCGAGAAGGGCACCUAUGUGCCGGAAUAUUUGGACCCCCAGGCGCACGCGCCAGAGGAGAUGAAAACUUGGCCCUCACGGGAUUCCAUUUUAGACAUGUGCGUGGCCUGCGGUGAGAAGAACCUCGAGGAACAUGCCAAGCUCCCUGGCCAGAUCAGCUGGACCGGACUGGAGGGGCGAUGA